AUGUAUGCUAGGAAGCGGAAGUUGUCUGACUCGCAAGAGCCAGCGUGCGUGCUGUGUGGCUCGGUCGAUUACGACCUGGACACCUACGGGCGCAUGUUUGACCAGAUCGGGUUUAGGGUCCACGAGUUCUGCUUGAUUUUUGCCAACAUCUCUUUUGACGAAACACCAACAGACCAGGGAACUGUGCACAUUGAUUAUGCUGCCCUCACAACCAAGGUCAAGCAGGCAAACCAGAAGCAAUGCUGUGUUUGUGGAGAGAGGGGCGCUGCCAUCACGUGCACAGAGAGCGGCUGUGAACGAAGCUUCCACCUGCCGUGUGCCAAGGACGGGCAGUGCGUCACCCAGUUCUUUGGGCUGCACAGGUCCUACUGCUUUGAGCACUGCCCUCGACAGACAGCAGUGACAGCUUCAGCAACCGGCACCCGCUGCGCCAUCUGCCAGGAGACCGUGGGGAACAUUGCAUCCUACCACACCCUGACGUGCUCGGUUUGCAAACAUGCCUGGUUCCACCGGGACUGCAUCCAGCAACAGGCCUUGAAUGAUGGCAAGGAGUGCUUCCGCUGCCCUGUCUGUCAAGACAAUGCUCUUUUCUGCAUAGAGAUGUCCAUCCUCGGGAUCCGAAUCCCAGACAGCGUGGUGUCCUUCUGCCAAACCAUGCAGAUGAGAAGGCAGGGAGCUGGCAGAAGAAGAGGGGUGAGUUACCGCAGCAGCUCUCUGUGGAUCCGUGGGGGAUGUCACGGAGCCUCAGCACAGGCUGGGGCAGCAAGGACUGAGCAGCAGAGAUGUGCCGGGGACUCCCUGGCUAGGCUCACUUGGUCCUCAAAGCCACAACCCCCUUGCUUCCCCAGGCCCUGGCAGCUGAUCCUGUGCAGCUCCUGUGGAGUGGAGAGCACCCACCGGCAGUGCUCCUACUCAAGCAUCAGGAUGAACAUGUGGGACUGUGACAGAUGUGCUGGCCUGGGUACCGCCUCCGCCGCCAUCUCGGAGCUCGCGGCACUCAGCACUGCCAGCCAGCAGAGCAGCCUGGAGCCAUCCCACAGCCCCCAGGAGCACGAGCACAACUGCUCCGGCCCCGACAGCCAGGCAGCAUCCGAGCCAUCACACAGGUCCCAGCUGCCGCAGCUCAGCUGCCAGACCAGUGAGCUGGGGACAACCUGCUCACAUGGUCCUGACCAUCAGGAUACAGUGGAGCAGCACCAAGCACAGCAUGGGAGCAGCCAUACACCCACCCCAGCCACUGAAAGCAGCUCCCGCAUCUCCACCAGACGGGGCAGAUCGGGAUCCUCCAGAGCAGCCACAGCAGCCGCACGCAGGAGGCGUCCCAGGCAGCGGAGAACAAGCCGCACACGAAGCCGCUCCCCGCUGCAAGGUCGGGCCCCAGGAUCCCAGAGCCCGACCAGAAGACCUCGAGGCAGCAGGCGAACACCAUCUCCAGCUGCUCAGAACAGAACCCGCAGCACCACCAGAGCGGCAAGGCGGAGGUCCUCGAGGGCUCCCCUGCAUUCACACCCUGCGGAGUGGCCCGGGCAGACAGGGGAGGCCCGCAUGCAAAGCCGUUCCUCAGUGGCACAACGAGCCACAUAUGUCCUCAGCCGGUGCAGAAGAGGCUGCAGGAGAAAGCCCCAACAGCAGAGGCUUUCCCGGCCAUGAAGUGACUCCUGGGUCUAACAUUGAAGCCAACAACCACCUCCCAUAAGCCCAAAAGAAGAUGCCGUGUUCCAACAGUGCGGUCUAUCCAGGCAUGUUGUCACUCCUGGGUGCAACAUCGAUCCAACAUCUGCUGACCCCCCGCACAAUCAGCCCA